AUGGGAAUUGCUGAUCUAUGGGACUUAAUGAAGCCGGGAUUUGGCAAACGAAUUAGGUUUGAAAAGUUUGUUUCAGAUUUUAUAGAUGAACACGGAAGAACUCCAAGAAUCGCGAUCGACGCAUAUGUACUUAUAUUCCAGUCUGUUAGUGGGAGAUACCAAGGAUAUGAGGGAAAUUAUAAUCUAAUACGAAACUUUAUGGCUAAAUUGCUUUAUUUGGUAUCGCUUAAUGUAUCUUUCGUCGUAGUUUUCGAUGGUGCCUUCAAACCAGAUAAACUGAAGACCAUAACGGAAGGAAUGAAUUUCGAACGAGAGUUAGAGGAAUUCAAAUCAAUUGAUCCCAAAAAGUAUAGUGAUAGAGACUUUGAAGUUGCAGAAGAAGUCAAGAUCGAAUUAUUGAAAAACGGAAUUGACAUUUUACAGGCUCCAGGUGAGGGAGAGGCAGAAUGCUCACAAUUGCAAAGAUUUGGGAUAGUAGAUUUUGUUAUGACUAAUGAUCUGGAUAGCUUCAUAUUUGGUGCUUCUAAGGUGCUCCGAAAUUUUUCAAGGUAUUUUGAAGAUGAAUUUCCUUCACCGACAAAGAGACUAGAUCCUACUCCAAAAUAUUAUAUUACGAUAGUAGAUAUGUCCACUGUGGAACAAGCAACAGGUUUGAACAGGGAGAGGAUGAUCUUCUUAGCGACUUUAAGAGGAGGCGACUAUUCAUCAGGUAUUUCAAAAAUUGGCAUAAAAUAUGCAACUAGACUUGCAUUAUGUGGAACUGAAAGGUAUGGACUUUCUAAAUUCCCAGACUUUGCUAAUUGGUUGAUUAAGUGCUUCGUCAAAGACAAAAAUGAUAGAAUAUUUGGUUACAGUGCAAUCAAGGACUCUCAAUCUAGAAAAGGGGAACUAAAACGGCUCGUCAACACCAUGAAUCAAGAGAUAAAGCAACUUUCAAAACAAAUGUUCGGAAGAAAAUUAAACUUAAAUUAUGAUCUUGAUAUUAAUGAAUAUUUUACUUUGUUAUAUUUGUUUCCGAGAGUAAAUCGUCUGCUUUUCAAGUUUGUUCCACACUCUUUGAGCUUUGGUCAUUUAAAUAUCGUUACCGACGAUAUUAAAGUGCCACUCGACGGGCUCAUAAAUAUUGAAGCUGGUACUUCAGAUGUAGUCAAGAGAAUGCAUAACCUGGAAAAUAUUGGAGUUCUGGAAAUUUGGUUUUCGACUGACGGUAUUGAGCAAAAAUACAUGGGCUAUUCCGAAUCAUUGCUGGCGUUGUACAUUCCCGAGUCUUAUUAUUACUCACUGAAAAGUAUCAUCAUGAAGGCACUUUCCAAUUUAAGAAAAGAAGAUAGUUCAGACGUAUAUGUUGAAGUGACAAACAAUAAAGAAGAUGAUGAUUGUGAGCUUUUAAUGAUCAAAUUUGAUGCAAUAGGCAUGAGUGAAAGUUUGAAGCUUCAAACUUCUGAAAUAAAGCGGCGAAAGGAGAAUGAUCCAUCCAAACUUGAAUAUACGUGGUUCCCAAGGAGCUUAGUCCAGAUGAUGGAUCCUUCACUAGUUAAGGAGUAUGAUAAACGAGGCAAGAAAAUUUCACCCAGAAAAAGAAAACCGUCUCAAAAGACUACUUUGGAUGAUCUUGGACAGUUUCCGAAGUCACCCACAAAAAGAGCUCGUAAAUUGAGUCCAUCAAAACCUAGUCAAGUUCAACGCCCAGUUUUGGACUUUUUUAAGACAGAAUUAGGUAGCAGCAAAAGCAUUAAACUAGAACCAUCAUUUAUAAGGAUGCCUGCAUCUCUCGGAAGUCAAGUUGAUAGACUGGUUCCCUCUAGUCCUACAAAAAAGAAGUCUGGAAAAUCCACCAAUCGAUCCUUCAAGACGGAGCAUUAG